GUUGCUAAAAGCUACGGAAAAUUCUGUAAACAGUGUGCCCCGCAGUCGGAGAGGAACACGCCGCGCCGUCGCGUUGCAGUGCACCGCCAAGACAGCACCCCCCCCCUCUCUCUCUCCUUUUCCGCCGCUCCGAGUGUCCAUGUCAACAUGUAACGAGGCCCCUCAGGAGCGCGACCCAAUCUAUCUGCCGAACGGACGCUCUCUAUCUCUAUCCUCGCCGCCCUUCCCGCCUCGUCUAUCCUCGUCCAUCCUCGCCUCGUCUAUCGUCGUCUAGCCUCGUCUAUCCUCGCCUCGUCUAUCGUCGUCUAGACUCGUCUAUCCUCGCCUCGUCUAUCGUCGUCUAGCCUCGUCUAUCGUCGUUAAGCCUCGUCUUUCGUCGUCUAGUCUCGUCUAUCCUCAUCUAUCCUCGCCUAUCCUCGUCUAGCCUCCUCUAGCCGAGGAUAGAACGCCUCGAUGUUCUAUCCGGCCGCGCUCAACGACGUCCAGCUGCAGCUUCUGCUCCUCCACGGCCUUCGCACCACCUUCCGGUAGUCACAGCUUCCAAUGUGGUCCGCCGGCCUCGACGACGCAAUGGUGUUGGCGUGGGCGUCCCUGCUCACUCUAACCAUGUGGAUCGCCGAGACGCAGAGCAAGAAAAACUACUCGAUCCGUCCCGAGGUGGUGCUCCCGGACCACUACGUCAAAGAGAUCCAGCCGCCCGCCGCGCCGGGGCAGCCGGUGCAGCUGUUCUUCGACAUCCACAUCGUGGACAUCAACUCGAUCAACGUGGAGGACAUGGACUUCCGCGUGGACAUGUUUGUGCGACAGCAGUGGACCGAGCCCCGCCUGCACAUGCCCGACGCCAUCUUCGAGGACGGCGAGGACUACGUGACGCUGCCGCCAGAGUUCUUCGACAACCUGUGGCAGCCCGACCCCUACAUCAUCAACUCCAAAGUGUCGGAAAUCGCCAUGCUGACGCACCAGUUCUCCUCCGUGACGCUGUACCGCAACCGCACGGUGCGCUACUCGGCGCGCAUGCACGCCAUCAUCGCCUGCCAGAUGGAGUUCAAGCUGUACCCGAUGGACAUCCAGCUGUGCCCCGUCUACAUCGAGAGCUUCUCGUACAACGACCGCAAGCUGCGGCUGCGGUGGGGCGAGGACGGCGUCUCGGUGAACCCGGCCCUCAAGCUGCUGCAGUACAACGUGGGCACGCCCCUGGAGCUGCGCGAGACCGGCGGCUACCGCAUGGAGAAGGACGGGAACUUCUCCCGCCUGGUGGUGUUCUUCCGCUUCGAGCGCCAGAUCGGCCACCACCUCAUCCAGACGUUCGCGCCGUCCUCCCUGGUGGUGCUGCUGAGCUGGUGCGGCUUCUGGCUCGGCCUGGACGCCAUCCCGGGCAGGGUCACCCUGCUCGUCACCUGCAUGCUCACCCUCGUCACCAUGUUCACUGGCCUCAAGGACAUCCCGCCCGUCGCCUACGUCAAGGCGCUGGACGUGUGGAUGGCGGCCUGCAUGCUGUUCGUGUUCGCCGCGCUGGUCGAGUUCGUGGUCGUCAAGGUCCUGCACGUGCAGCACCAGGCCGAGCAGCGCGAGCAGCGAGGCUCGCUGCCACUGCGCAUCUCGGCCGUGGAGAAGGGCGAGCUGUACUCGCAGGCGUGGGAGGUGGCCGGGGCCUUCCCUGGCGGUGGCGCCCGCUGGCGCAAGGUGGCCGUCAGCUCUUCGGGGUCGGCGGCCGGCUCGCCAAGGGUCGGCCCCCGCGUCCCCGGGUCCGGGUCGCAGGACGCCGACAGCCCCCCGCACGUGCUGCUCCUGCCGCCCCCGCGCCACGCCGCCCCCGCCGCCACCGCCCCCGCGGCCUGGACGGACCGCCUCGGCGCCGCCGGCCCCGGCGAGCAGAGGCAGUUGUGGCGAGAGAUAGACCGCAUGUCCAGGCUCGUGUUCCCGGCCUUGUUCAUCAUGUUCGUGCUGUGCUACUGGCCGAUCCUGCUGCUGCGAGCGUACGGCGUGUGACAAUCCCCCCCCCCCUUUUCUCAUGCCUGCUACACUGACAAAAUUUACA